UAAACAGCAACAAGUGAAAAUGGAAAGUAAAGAUUCAAAACUAAUAAAGAAAACGGGCAGGAAAACCCCUAAGUACUGUUGUAUUUGUAAAGGAAUUUACAGAGGAAAGGUUAUUGAUGGGAGAAAAGUGUCAUUGCACCGUUUUCCUCAGAACAAACGUUUAAAACGUGUGUGGGUGCAGCGAUGUAAAACGGUCAUGAGAUCGUUCCAGUGGAAUGAACACAGACGAUUGUGUAGUGAGCAUUUUGUUGGCUUCAGAGGACCUUCAUUCCAGCAUACACUUCCAUCUAUGUUUCCAACUGAGACUGGUGCUACCAAAACCUUCCAGCCAACGCUCCUUGAUGAAGACGUAGGUGAUGAUGAUGAUGGUGAUACGGUCAAUGACGAUUUAGACCUAGAACUGUCAAAUGAUGAUAGUAUACAGCCACAACUGUCAUUUGUAUCCCCUUCCGGGCAUGCCAUUGAUACCUCUGUCCACCUGCAUGAUUACUGCAUGGGACCAGUACUACAGCCACAGAAUCAGUCCUUUAGAUGUUGUGACACACAGACUGAGAACAACUGUGCAGUGAUGGAAGUACAAACUGAAGAAAGUUUCCUGGGAAAAACAGCAGACUUCAGUUCACAAACAGAACAUUCUACUAGAGACUUUGGUGUACAAUGUCAGCUACCUAUGCUCACAUAUGAUGACGUAAAAUACAAUGACGAUUUGGUCAGUUUUUACACCGGAAUCCCUAAUCGAGUUGUGUUUGAAGCUUUGUUUGAUGAAAUCAAGGAUGAAGCUGAAGUGCGGACAUCAAGGCGGAAACUUAACUAUAAAGAUUCAGAUGGAGGACGGCCAAGAACUCUAAGUGUUCUGGAUGAAUUUUUCAUGGUGCUGAUGCGCCUACGUCUAGGUCUGUUAUUUGAAGAUCUAGGUACUAGGUUUUGCAUAUCCACUUCACAAUGUAGUGACAUUGUUGAAAGAUGGAUCAACUAUUUACAUGUACAAUUAUCCUUUCUUGUUCAAUGGCCAUCUCGUGAGGUAGUGAAAAAUAACAUGCCUGAACAAUUUAAAGAGAAAUAUUCUAACACUAGAAUUAUUAUCGACUGCACUGAAAUUUACAGUGAAACAUCCAGUUCUCUUUCUUUGAAAAGUUUAAUGUACAGUGAUUACAAGUCUCACAUGACUCAUAAGAUUUUGGUGGGUAUAAGCCCAAAUGGUGUUGUAACUUUUGUUUCUGACUGUUGGGUGGGCUGUACCAGUGACAAGAAACUCACAGAAAAAUGUGGACUCUUGGACUUGCUUGAAGAAGGAGACGCCAUAAUGGUUGAUAAGGGUUUCACUAUUACAGACCUUACUACUCCAAGAGGCAUUCAUCUCAUUAUUCCACCAUUUAAACAGAAAGGAAAACAAUUCUCUAAACGUGAGGUUCUCCUUACAAAAGAUAUUGCAAGUUUACGAAUACAUGUUGAAAGGCAAAUGGAGAGAAUCAAGAACUUUCGAAUAUUGCAUGGCAAUAUUCCUAUAACACAGUCAAGGAGAAUUUCUAAAGUGUUCAAAAUAUGCACAUAUUUGACAAAUCUAUGGCCACCACUUGUUCAAUAAUAACUCAUGUGUCAAUGAAAGCGUUUGUAUAUAUCAAGCAUUAGAUUUAGGGAUAAAAACUUGUAUACUUCUAACUAGAACAAUGAAAUUACAAUUUUGUUUUAAAAUCAUUUUUUCGAGCAAGUUAUAUGAUAACAUAUGAGAUUACACAUUUGAUUCAGGUUUGACAAAAAUGGAUAAGGAAAUAUGCUCAUGUGAAUGGAUUUCAAGAUUUGAUUUGAAACAUGUAUGCAUUAACUGAUCAAUUUAUUGAUAUAAUUUUUUGUUUGUGAAACAUCUGCUUUGUAUUUUGUGGUUUUAUUAUUUGUAACAUUUCUAAGAAUAAAAGUCAA